AUGCAUUUCUCUGCCAGCACUUCUCUUGCCGUUCUUCUGGCAGUCAUGACCCCAGUCUCAGCAUGGCAAGCAACAUUCUAUGAUCAAUGGUUUUGCAAUCCUAAGGACGAUACACAAUAUCGCUCCAUCUCCAGCGACGUCGAUGGUGCCUGCUACACUUUUGGCAAGGACAUGCCAGGCACUGCUUGCGAGAAGUUCACAAACGGAGGUGUCAACAAAGGCGCCUGCGACGGCGAGGCCUUCGUACCUCAAGCUGUCCUUGUCCAGCCAGGCACGGCUUGUGAAGUCUAUGCCGACGACAACUGCGAAGUUGCUGUUCGACGUUAUUGGUCGACGGAUGGUUACCCCUAUUGCGGCGUGUACGACGCCGGAAUUGGUUUCAGUAUCUCGCCUAUCAAGUCGUUUCAUUGUCUUCCUUACUCGAAAACGGAUGAUCGUGGACGGGACUAA